AUGCCACGAACCAAAGAAACCGGCAACGCAGAGCUCCAGAUUGACCUGGCAUCACCCCCUGGCUGGACAUUUGCCCCCGGGGACACGGUCAUCGGCACGGUCCUGCGUCGCUCACACAUCGUCGCCCCGACAGCCACCGUGAAGCUGUCGCUGGUAGGGCACGUGAGGACCAAAAUCACCCCAAAUGGCAGCAGCAGCCGUGGCUACUACCGUGGGCACUGGUACCUUUUCAGCACGACGACGACGCAAGUACUCUUCGAAGGACCCUUGCACGCCCCCAAAGACAACUACAGUGGCAAAGAUGAGACUUCUUGGUCCUUCUCACUGCCAAUUCCGGUGAAACCGGCCGAUUCAGCGUUGGGAGGCUACUAUAUGGAAGAGGGUUUCUUGCCGCAGGACAAAUUUGGCCUCGCACAGCACACGUUGCCUGGGACGUUUAUCACAAGUAACAACGACUGGAACCACUCUUCCGAAGGCUACGUAGAGUACUAUCUCGAAGCUCGACUACAAUAUCACCGAGGGGGCGGGUACAAGCUAAAUAGGGCUACGGUCCCCAUCAUAAUGCGGCCCCAGCCUCCGAUUGUCCUUCCCGAUUGCGAGCUCCAGCAACGAAAGAUCGACAAGACAUUUCAAAGCCAGCGGCUGCUACCGGGAAUGGAACGCGCAGAUCUAACGUUCAGGCAAAAGUCGCAGAGACUCCUGGGCUCGUCAAAGGUACACAGGGCUCACUAUAGCGUUGAGAUCGGCUUGCCUCGCGUCGUCCAGUUGGACAACCCGUCGCCCAUCCCGUUUACCUUGAACAUCGUACUACCAACCAGCAGUACCAGCUUCCAAAAUGCCGGGCUGAAGGUCCGGCUGAACUGGGUCAAGAUAUCUAUCAAGUCCACGACUACUCUCCUCGCACCGCGCGACUUCAGCAGGCUCACCAAGAGGGAUACCUAUUCCGUUAACCACAAUCUGAAUCUGGAAAGGGCUUUUCGGGACCUUGAAGCUCCCAUUGAAUAUUCUAUCGACAAAGCUCACGAUAAUGGUGUAGUCAAUAUUGGCAAUAUGUUUCAGCUAACUCUCCGUUCGAAUGGGUUGAAAGCAGGAAAUAGACGUCUUGCUUCUGUACCAUACCCAUAUAUCCAACCUGAUCUGGUCACGUAUAAUAUUAGGCAUAGUCAUAGGCUGGAGACGGAGGUGUCUUUGAGCAUUGCAGGAGAACGCCAUACAAUUCCAGUGAGUGGCGAUGUGAUGAUAUUAGCAGCUAACUAA